UGCAGCGUCCGUGCCAGAGCUUCAUCUCUGUCGACUACUUUUGGUCCUCCAUUUUCAAUCAAUCAAAGCUUUCUCUAGGGUUUUCAAUUUUUCCGUAUCCGUUCGACUAAAAACCCUCCGUUUUCUUUGAAACAAACGGAGUUAGCGAUGAUCAUCCGGUUGAUUUUUGUAACUUCUUUUCUGGAAGUGGAAAAUCAAUUAUGCUGAUUAUCAUCAAAGUAAAAGAAAGUGUUGUAGCUGAUGAAGAUUGCAGAUUACCUAUUGGGCUAUUCGCCUCCUAUUUGGGCGACUUUGAUAGCUGGAGUCCUUUUAGUCAUAACUCUUUCGCUUUCAUUGUAUCUUAUUUUCGAACACCUCUCUUCGUACAAGAAUCCUGAGGAGCAAAAGUUUUUGAUCGGAGUUAUUCUUAUGGUUCCUUGCUACUCUGUAGAAUCAUUUGUAUCAUUGGUGGAUCCAUCAAUUAGUGUUGAUUGUUCAAUACUACGUGAUUGCUAUGAAUCAUUUGCCAUGUAUUGCUUCGGAAGAUACCUUGUUGCUUGCUUGGGUGGUGAAGAGAGGACUAUUGAAUUCAUGGAAAGACUAGGACGUGCAAGUGCUAAAAGUCCACUAUUGGGACUUGACUGUGAAAAGGGAACUGUUAAGCACCCUUUUCCCAUGAAUUAUAUCCUAAGACCAUGGAAACUUGGUCAGUGGUUUUACCAAGUUGUCAAGUUCGGCAUAGUCCAAUAUAUGAUAAUCAAGUUAUUGACUGCUCUUUUAGCAGUAAUUCUUGAAGCUUUUGGUGUAUAUUGUGAAGGAGAAUUCAACUGGGGAUGUGGGUAUCCUUAUAUGGCAGUGGUUCUCAAUUUUAGUCAGUCAUGGGCUUUAUACUGUUUAGUUCAAUUUUAUACUGUCACAAAGGAUGAACUGGCUCACAUAAAGCCAUUGGCCAAGUUUUUGACUUUUAAAUCAAUUGUGUUUUUAACUUGGUGGCAAGGUGUGGCGAUUGCCCUUUUUUAUGCUCUUGGUCUGUUCAGAAGUCCAAUUGCCGAAGGCUUGCAGUUUAAGUCAAGUGUCCAAGACUUCAUUAUUUGUAUAGAGAUGGGCAUUGCUUCUGUUGUUCACCUAUACGUUUUCCCUUCCAAACCUUAUGAGCUAAUGGGAGAUCGCAUUCCUGGAAGUGUUUCAAUCCUUGGAGACUAUGCAUCUGUUGAUUGCCCUCUGGAUCCUGACGAGGUUAGGGACAGUGAGCGGCCCACAAAGCUACGUCUACCUCAGCCUGACAUAGAGGUUCGAAGUGGCAUGACCAUCAAAGAAAGUGUGAAGGAUGUAUUUAUUGGUGGUGGUGGAUAUAUUGUGAAUGAUGUAAAAUUUACGGUAAACCAAGCAGUUGAGCCUGUUGAGAAGGGGAUUACCAAGUUCAAUGAGAAACUGCAUAAGAUCUCUCAAAACAUCAAGAAGCAUGACAAAGACAGGAGAAAGACAAAGGAUGAUAGUUGCAUUGCCACAUCUGCACGGAGGGUAAUUCGUGGUAUAGAUGAUCCCCUCUUAAAUGGGAGCAUUAGUGAUAGUGGGGUUGCAAGGGGAAAGAAACAUCGUAGAAAGUCAGGAUAUACCAGUGCAGAAAGUGGAGGAGAAAGCAGCAGUGAUCAGAGCUAUGGUGGAUAUCAGAUUAGGGGCCGUAGAUGGGUUACAAAGGAUUAAAGCUUAGAUGAAUAAUUGUGGCUAUAUGAACAGAAGACAUGCCGGUGUGAGUGCUUCAAGAGACAUCCCUAUUCUUAGCUUUUGGGUGGCUUGCUUGGUUUACUUGCUCAAGAGUAUUAUUUCUGCAAGAUGCGGCUGAAGAUUUCUUUCGAAUUCCUGCUGUCAAUAUUUUCCCAUCAAAUGGGGUGGUUGUUUAUGCAGGGGUCUCGUGGGUAAGUACUGUAAUACGUGUCAUGCUGUAUACAGUUUAUUCAGGGCUUGGCCAUUGCAUACAAUGAAUUAAGAAUCGAGUUGCAUGACUGGUGACAUCUGUGCUCAAAUAUUUUUGAGAGAUGUUUUGAGGCCAAACCAAGCUUGAUUAA